GUGAGAUUAUAACGAAGUAAAGUUAUGCAAAUUUGCAUUUUAGUCCAGAUGUGUAACUAUAAUUGACAAGUUAACUCCAUGAACAAUAUGGAGUAAAUUUUUUUUGUUGUAAUGGACCAUCUAAAUAUUCUAAAAAUAUCAGAAAAACACACCAACUUUUUGAGGAUGAAGUGGACCUUCAAUAAAAAAGUCACAUAAUGAAUCCGACACUAGUUUAGUUCUGAAAAGGACAGUUAUUUUUCAAACAAUAACGCAAAACCGAAAAAGCACAAACAAUUGCACGAAAGACGGAUAUUCAAACGAUAGAUGUAAUAGAAGACAAUGAAUCUGCUCAUAUUUGGUGAUUCUCUUAAACCUGUAUCCCGCAAAAAGACGAUCAACUAGUAACCAGAAUUUUUUUUAUUUCUUGUGGUAUGACGUUGACGAAAUAGAUUUUUCAAACAACAAAGAUGCUCUUCACCCGUCUCUACUCCAUCAAGCGGCCCUCGAAGGGAAGCAUGUUAAGGUUCUCUUUUUUAUUAACAUGGGCCACGAUAUCAACUCUAAAACAACCAAUAACGAGACCGCCCUUUACUUGGCUUCGCAAAAAGGGCGCAUCGAAUGUGUCCAACUGCUGUUAUCAUUUGGUGCUGACACAUCAAUCCCUGACAAAAAAGGGUGUACACCACUUCACGUAGCUUGCUUAUACGGACAAGUCGAAGUAGUCAAAAUGUUGCUUAACCACGGUGUCAACAUGCAGAUCUGUGACUCUAACGGAUGGACACCAAUUCACGUCGCUGCUUCCAGAGGUCGCAGGAAAAUAGUCGAAUUAUUAGUAUCAUCUGGAGUCAGUACUGAACUAAGAGAUAGUGAUGGUUUAACACCCCUGCACAUAGCUUGUCUAAACGGAAAAAAUAAUGUAGCUCGUUUGUUAAUCUCGCUAGGAGCUAAUUUUAAUGCUGUUGAAGAACAAGGCUGGACACCGUUACACCUGGCAUGUGAGGAAGGUUGCGUGGAGGUGGUUGAGACCUUACUAAAAUCUAAAUCAAACGUAAAUGCAGCUGAAUCCGAAAACUGGACACCCCUACAUCUUGCUUGCCAAAACGGACAUGAAGAUAUCGUUAGGUUGUUGAUAAAAGGAGGAGCUGAUGUGAAUGCUGUUGAGGACACUUCGUCAACACCUCUUCACUUAGCAUGCAGACAAGAUUCUAUUAUAAUCGUUGAAGAUUUGUUUAGAGCUGGAGCAAACAUUUUUGCCCGUGACAUGUUAAAAGAAACACCGCUGGAGAUUGCUGGCGAGCGAGGUCAUAAAAGUAUUGUUGAUUUUCUGAAUGCAGUGGCUGUAGGAAACAAGGUUUUAUUGAAACCUCUUUCCCUAACACAUCAAAGUAAUACGUUGACAUCCGACGAUAAUCUCAAUAUCGGAAAUAUAAAUAAACGCGAAUCUUCAUUUGUGACAAACAAUGCUCACUGUAAAAUAUUUAAUAUAUCCACUGAAUAUGAAAAUGUUAUAAACACUUCGAAGGAAGCGGGUAAUUCUCCAAAUUACGUACAUUCCCAACUAGUAAUGCCACACCAAAGUACUAAAGAUAUCGACAAUCCUGGCGGCGAUCAUGACAAAAUCAUUUCACUUCACCAAGCCUGUAGAGAAGGAAAUGAAAAAAUCGUGCAAACACUAGCUAAGAGAGGCGUUGACUUAAAUGUGGCUGAUGAAAAUGGUAACACACCUCUGAUACUUGCCGCACGACAUGGGAAAGUUAAAAUAGUAGAAAUUUUGAUAAAUUUCAAAGCAAAUCUUGAGAUCAGCAACAAGGAAGGCAUUACCGCACUUUAUGCAGCUUCUUACCAUGGGCACAAAGAUGUCGUCGGUGUGUUGUUGCAAAACGGGGCAGCAAUUGAAGCUGGCUUAAGAAAUGGGUGGAAAUCAAUACAUAUUGCUGCGUAUAAUGGGCACAAAGAAAUCGUUGAAAUUCUUGUGAAAUGCGGUGCGAACAUUGAUGCGUUGACACAUGGAAACGCUAAACCUUUAGAUUUAGCACGUUUUCAGAAGCAUGGAGAUAUUGUUUACUUUUUAUAUAUUAAGCAAAAAGAGAAGCACAAUUAUAAUUGUCCGUGUACAAUACAGUGACCGUUUUGAAUUAUGGGGUAAUGCGUGAAGGUAUAAUUGUAAUAGACGAAUGACAGAUACGUUUUUUUCAGUUUAGUAAUGCAUACUAGUAGAUCUAACUCGAAAGUAAAUAAUAUUUUUGUAUUUUAUAAGUUUGUAAUGUAAAUAAAUUCUAGAAAUUUUAAA